UUGAGCUCAGGCAUGCCUUCUCAGCAGAUAGCUCAGGCCGCUGCGCCUUAUAUCCCCUCGCGGGAUUCCAUGGACCGCCAUGAUUACGGCGUCACAAAGAGCCGCAAGGCUUCGUCGACUGGCGGUGGACGUGCUUGGAGUGAUGAGGAGGAGGCAUAUCUUAUCCAGACCCGUCUUCAGAAGAUGCCCUACAAGUACAUUGCUGCCCACCUCAAAAAGACUGAGCUGGCGUGCCGGCUUCACUAUCACCAGCUCUCUCAUGGCAGCAACCGACGCAACAAGCGUGCCGCCUCCGUCUCAUCAUCCGGAGCCUCCAUCGACCACUCACCCGCAGUGCAAGUGAGCACCGCGAGCCCAGCCCGGGAGAGCAUCUCCCGCUCAGCUUCCCCCCCCGGCAGCUCUCGCAGCUACAGCCCUCCUCCUUGCAACAUCAGCGGUGUCCACCACGGCAACCACAUUCAACUCCCCAGCAUUGUCGGCCCCGGCGAGGUACCAAGGCUGCCCUCCAUCCUGCCAAAGCCCACGGGCAUGCCUCUCCCGCCUCCCGUUUCGACAUAUGCUUCCCCGUCCACCGAGGCCUCCGUGCCGAUGCCUGCCCCCUUCCACCGCGCAGCCUCGCAGCACCGAACAACACCACCUCUCCGCCUCGACUGCACCGGCAUCCCUCCUGCGCCUGCCCACACAGCUGCCCACGUCGACCUCUCCCGCCUUCACGCCAUCUACUCUGCUCACCGCGCAUCGUUCUGGACAACAAUCGCCAACGAGUACGGCCCCAACGUCUCCCCUACUGUGUUGGAGCAGGCUUGGAAGACUGGCACCUGCUGCAGCCCCUCGUCCAUCACACCAAUCACCCCCAUCUCCAGCCCGGGCAACGCUGAGAAGGAGGCGCAGAACCAGACCCAGUCCAAGGGCCAGGACAAGACACGCAUCUCGUCGAUCCUCGGCAUCGACGCCGACCCCAGAACCGCCCGGGAUCGGGAUAUGGUCAGGCGGCUGGAAGAAGAGCGAUUUGGCAUGAUGCAAAUAGCUCACUAA